GAAAGUACUACACUGUGAAGUGACCAUUAUCUUUUUAUACAUGUCUUUGUUCAACGCGACAAGUUAACCACCCUUCUCCACGUCUUUCACCAAAGGGAAAAAGGAAUUCUUAGCAGGGAUUUCAAGUAUAGAAGACCUGAUAUUUUUGUUUUUCUUUUAAAAACAAAAUAUACCAUAUUUAGGUACUUCUCUGUCUUCGAAGGACGACCCUCAUUCCAUAGCAAGUCUAUUCGGAGCUAGAAGAAUUCUUCGUGUUUUCUCAUAAUUGCGUCUUUUUUUUGUUGGAAUACUUUAAAAAGUAGCAGAAAACUGUAGUUCUUAGAUAUCGCGUCAGUGUUCAUUUUCGUUACAAUCGAACAAUUCAAGUACCCCAGUACAUAAUAUACACAUUUGCAUAUAAAUAGCAUAUAAAUAUGGUUAAGGAAAAGACAGUGGACGAAGGAUCUCUCAGCUUCGAUAACUCCUUUUUAGGCUUUGGUUCCUCUUUACCAGUUUCGUCCGCUUCUUCCCCUAAGAAACAAAAUGGAACUGAUCAACCGUCUUUUAUUUCUAGCGAAGAAAAUACAAAUGUCGAAGAGAAUCCCACUUCUGGUUUUGAGCGUUAUGGAUUAACUCCGUCAGGUCAAACCUUUCGACUUCCUCACGAGCAAGAAAAUCGUCGUAGUAUCCUUGAAACCAUCGAUCCCCGUGUCCCCAAGACGCCUUGGGACUGGGUCGUAAUCGGAAGUAUCCUUUUACAGGUUGUCUUGUACAUUUUCACACGCGGAAAUACUCGCCGCUUUUUAUUAAUGGCUUGCUUCUUUUUUUGGCGCAUGAGUUACGAUUUCGGUAUUGGAUUCCUCCUUCAUUCUCAAUCCAAUGAUCGUAAAAUUGUUGAAUGGGUUGUAAAGCUUGGCUUUUUUGAUAAAGAAAAGAAUCCAAAGCUUUAUGAGAUGACUAAACAUCAACUUGUUUCAAAAAUGGAUUCCUCAUAUAAUUUUGAAAAAUCUCCAGUUGAAUUUAACAGUUGGCUCGUUUUUCGACAUUUCGUAGAUCUUAUCCUUAUGUGCGAUUUUUGCUCAUAUGUAUUGAUGGCUUUGGCUUGGACUUGUUGGCCGAAUAUGAAUUUUCUUCUUCACAUGUUACGUUUUUUCGGAGGCAUUGCCUUAAUUAUUUUUAAUUAUUGGGUAAAGCUCGAUGCUCAUCGUGUUGUUCGUGACUACGCAUGGUAUUGGGGUGACUUUUUCUUUUUACUCAGUAGUUCCUUGGUUUUUAAUGGUGUUUUUGAAUUGGCCCCUCAUCCUAUGUACUCUAUCGGUUAUGCUGGAUACUAUGGUAUGAGUUUAAUUUCUGGAAGCUACGGUGUUUUAUUAGCAAGCAUGGUUGCUCAUGCCGCCCAAUUUGUUUUUCUUGUUGUAGUCGAAAAUCCCCAUAUUGAAAAGACGUAUGGCAGUGAAUCUGCUCAUUCCCGUAUUAUGCCACGAGAUGAAGAUGCUGAAUUUGAACUUCCUCCAGCUCGCGACCUUGUCGGACUUAUUAAUUUCAAUUCAGCUAGGAUCUCAGACGUUGCACUAGUUAUUAUUGCGGCUUAUAGUAUUCUCUCAAGUUUACUCUCAUCUAAUUCUUACUAUAACCAAUUCUGGGCCCUUUUUCAAGCUUUUGUAUGGCGCUUCUUGCACAGCGCUUUCCAUGGGUGUAUAUUAUUCUACCAAUCAAGAGAUAAAGCUUGGUCUCGUCACUUCAUCCGCAACGGUGAAUCCGUUGUGCAAGCGUGGUCUCAAUGGAAAGGAUUUUACAACAUCACCUUAAACAUGUCUUAUAUUUCUUUUUGUAUGGCGGCUUGGAAAUUAUAUCAUCUUCCUGACAACUGGACUUACGGACUCGUUACCCUUCGUCAUACUUUAGGAUUCGCUUUAAUAGUUUUACACAUAUAUACUUCCGUUUCUAUUUACGAGGAUUUGGGUCAGUAUGGUUGGUUUUAUGGAGACUUCUUUUUACCUAGUCGCUCACCCAAGCUUGUCUAUCAGGGUAUUUAUCGAUACGUUAAUAAUCCUGAGCGUUUCCUUGGAUGCUCUGCUUAUUGGGGUCUUGCUCUUAUCAGUAACUCAGCUUGGAUUUUCUUAUUAGCUACCUUAGCACAGCUAUCAAACUUAGCUAUCAUUCGUCUUGUUGAACAACCUCAUAUGCGAAAAGUAUACGGCAAUGCUUUACGGAAGGAAGCAGGAAUAUCGAAAUUAAUUAAGCAAGCUACCCAAGAACACAGCAAUAAACUUCCGAAAUCCAUCGAGAAUCAUGUCAAAGCUUUGGGUAAUACCGUCGAUAGAGUUCUCGAUCAAACAGCAGAGGCCUUGCAAGAGUUUGUAAGUACUGCUCCGCCUAAAGUACAAGUGCUAUUGAAGGGUACGGAAUCGAGUCUCCGUAGAAGCGCUCAGCUUGCCAUAUUGAAAUUGUUUGCUCCACAAUUCGAUAGACAUGGAUCAACUGCUUAUUCUCUGAACUUAGAUAUUGAAGAUUCUAAAGUCCCACUUGGAUAUCCCAUACGCGUGAAGUGGGCGGCUCCUUCAGAUCAUGAAUAUAAUGACUGGAUUGGACUUUAUCGAGUAUCAGAUAACAUUAGUGAUAUCCAUACACAGGUGCCGAGCGAAGGACGCUGGUCUGCUGUUGAUCAUAAAGGAUACAAUUCACACACAUCUAGCAUAACACAGGUUUCGGAAACUAAGGAUUCUGGAGAAAUAGUGUUUUCAAGGGAGUUGUUGUUUUGGGAGCCUGGGACCUACGAAUUUCGUUAUCAUCAUAGUAACAAGCAUUUGGUGAUGGCUAAAAGCGAACCAUUUCAGAUAUAUGCUAUACCUAACGAUUCCAAGGAUACCUCCGAAGUUAAGGAUACUUUAGACAACUUACUGAAGCUUUGCGUUCCCGAAGACCAUUCCAAAUCAUUACAAGAUCUAUCCGAUAGCAAAGCAAAGACUUUUUCCAAAGCUAUUCAAUAUACUUUUGGUAUUGAACUCGGUUAUCAUGUAAUUCAAGUUGAUGGUUCAACGAAGGUUCUAGCAAGCAGACUUGUGAGUGCUUUGAAGAUUCUCCAGCCUCUUACUUACUCCGAAGAAAGUAAGAAGGACGUUUAGACGUUUGCUAAACUGUAUUUUAUUCAACAUAUCUUACAGUACAUGAUUUUGAAGUUAUAGAGCCUCUUUAUAUUCAUUUUAACAUGCUUAUGGCUUACUAGAUUAUAAAUAAUGAUACUUAAUAAAACCCAUAAAGCUUUUGUCGACAUUUAAAGAUUUGAUAGUUGUUUAUUACCUAUUAACCAUUAUCCCAAUUUAAGUAGCAUGAUAAAUUGUCAUUCAAUAAAUAAGUUCAUUAUUUUAAACUUCAGGAAUUCAUGC